AAUCUUUAGACAUCUUGCUCAAUCUAUUUGGCUUCGUAUAGUUGCUGCUACACAUAUAUUGAUACGACCCCUUUCAGAACCGAAUUCUUCCAUACACAAGCCCUGCCGGUGUAUUUGAGAAUCAACAAACUAAUUAGCGAAUAAAACGCAGUGUUUUCUACCUGCCAGACCCGUUGAGUCGACUUAAUUAAUAACGCUCUCGACACUUUCCAGCGGGCUUGAUUACCACCCAUCUUUUUUUAACCAUUCAUUACAAUAUAUUUAACUGUCUUUCUGCCAUCUAGCCUUCAAUUUAUUUCAGUCGAAGCAUAGGUGUUUCAUCACGAUAUCAUUCGGGUUACUGUUCAAUUCUCGAGGUCGCCUGUAAACCUUUUUUUGAUAUUAAUUAGACUCAAAGCCCUCAAUGCAUGACGAUAUGACAAUCAUGGCUCUUGGAGAUGCCCAAUCGUAUGUAAAGCCAAGUAAUAAUAGGCAGCCACCUUCACCACCGCCGUCACCUGACUUGGUCACUUUUACGACAUCGAUUUCUAAUGAAACAAAGGCUCCAUUGCAGUCUAUUUCUGUCAUCGAUCAGGAUGCACCUAUUACUCCACCAUCUCAAGAUACUGUCACUACUGCUGUUUUAAAUAAAAGAAACGACACGAGUAGCAGCGAAAGUAGUGGGAGCGAAAGCAGCAGUGAAACUGAUAGUGAUAGCGACGAAGACAAUCAGCCACUGUGGAAACGACUUCAAGGGCUGGAAACAUCUCAAGAUAAAUCAAUCAGCUCCACUUCUGCUUCACCAUCCACUCCAUUUGCAUUGUCCUCUACUCCAUCCACCAAUCGUCACCAUGCAGGCAGAUCAAAAAAACGAUUAGGAUCCAAUAGCACAUCAAUUCAUUCAGAUACUGCUGGCAGUAUCAGAAAUACCGAUGUAGCUCAUAACAGCCGAUUGUCUCCACAUGGAUCCUCUCCUGUUGAACAUUUCCAAUCCAAUCUCAUUGCGUCCAAAGCGUAUCUUCCUCCACACAUGCGACCCAACAACCGCAAAUAUAAGCCACGAUCUCGACGUCGUCAUGAUCGCAGUUUAUCCAAUCGAGAUGGCAUCAACCAAGAUCAAUCUAGUGGGAAACACCACUCUGCUGGGUCUCUAGCAAGAGAAACGCAGCAGGCAAAGCUCGCUCGUAUCCGACAGUCUAGCACCAUGUUCAAUGGUGGAUCACGCUUACCAAUAUCUCCUCUAGCACUCAGUGCAAUGGAGCAAGACCAAGCUGUGCAGCGCAAAGUUUGUCACCAAGAGCCAGCUAAAACAUCCAAGCUUUCAACUGUUACUAAACGACUCUCCUCUGCCUCGCUGGGUAGUUCAGCAACGCAGCUGGGACUCUCUGUACCCAAUGCGAUCCAAUCGCAACUAAAAAAACUCAGGUCUUUAGGGUUUCCAUCAACGCCCAACACGGCAUUAAGCAAGACUCGACUCAAGGCAUUGCAUUUUACGAACCAGGGAACGACUCUUUCGAAAUUAUCGCAUUCAAGCCUGCCACACCUCGCCACGAAAGAUUCUGAAAAUGCUGAUAAGGACGGCAUGCCAAACUCGGUGCAAACUGCUGACCCUGUUCAUGUGACGAAUGUAUUGCCACAUAUGGAAACACCUGAAGCCUGUAUUACCGAGACCAAUAAAGCUACGGCUGUUUGUAUUCAGAACAAACCCAAAUUGAACCGGACAACCUCUGAGCUACCCAAGUCUCGUUCGUGCUCAUCUCUUACUGAUCUUACCGCAUCCUCUCAUACUAAACCCGACAGCUCUAUCUGUCUAAGCGAUAGUAGUAUCAAUCUGCCAUUCACUAUCGAAAAAACAGCCGUCAAUGGAAUCAUUGACUCGACUCCUUUUAAUACUCCAUCCAAGCCCUCUUUUCAUGAGCCUACUUCUGCUUUCUCCAUUCAGUUUCCAGGUGAACAUAAUGCGGGUAAAUCGCUGAUUUCUCCUACAGAUCCUUAUGCCAGAACCUCAUUAGAUGCUGCUUGUUAUUACGCCGACAACACAUCUACGCCAACAAGCAAGAACGCGUCAGACUCGAUACCCUAUCAUUUGUACGGGUUCGAUCCUACUCAUACUCGUAUGAAUUCCCGUAGAAUCAGCCAAAGUAUGAGCAGCAUUGCUCUUGUUCCUGCACUAACGGCUUAUAAUAGUGAGAAAAGCAGCAUUCAAAAUAAGGCGUUGUUAGGGUCUGUUGGACAUAAUCGUGCAUCAGAUAUAGCAUCGACAACUUUAACAUCCGCAUCAGCUCCUAAAACCUUUAGUGUUCCUCGUCGUUUGACCUCUAUACCGACAGAUUUCUUUUUGGAUUAUACUUUAUCCGAUCCACCUUCCAUGCCCACAGCGAUUGUUGCUGAUCAACCUCUUUCUAAUCUUGUCGACAUUGAUAGUGCUCAGCAGUCUGACAUCAAAAAUAAUUCUAAACAGCAUAUUGCUUGCCAACUGGUUCCUAUAUCUCGUGAAUACAACUCUAUAAAUAAUUCCCUUUCCACUACUCGAGUUGCUUCAACCACGACAACAGUUGCACCACAAAACAUUCGUGCUAUUCCCAAUAUUGCUAGUGAAUCUAGACCUUCUCAAACUUGUCUUGACAAUCGUACAAAUCAACACACUACCACCAUCAAUCCAGCUCGAUCCAUCUCCAACUUUCAGUCUUCACUCGUUGAAAAUUGUGAUUCUACUUUUCAGAUUCGGCCCAACAAACCUGUAUCUCACCCAACAAACUUUUUCCCUCGAUCUUCUUCGCUAACUCGGCAUAGCGUUAGUCUUUGCAAGAGCAGUGAUCAAAUCAAUUCUAGUCAAGUGUCGCAAUCUCUUGCUUCUGAUACAUCUCUUUAUCGUACCCGACCUCGACCCAUGUCCUAUCAAGAUUUGAGGGCCGUUGAAUUCACAUCUGAGAUGGAUCAGGGAAUUGCUGUUAAACACAGCGCAUUGCAAUAUGAGCUAACCCCAACAUUUGGCGACUCAAACAUCAAUCAUCAAAAUCAUCCAUAUGAUGCUGCUAGUCAAGACAACAUUCCUCUUCAUAACACUUCCACAAGACCACUUUCUCAGUCUUCAUUUGUUCCUCCCAAACAACCCGACCAGCAUAUGGGACUAAUUGAACGUCUGCGCCGUAUUUUUUCCCUUCAUCGCAAGUCUGAAUCACCCAUCUUCUCUUCAGCUCCCACAAAACGAACAGUACGUGAUACCAUUCUCAGGUCCCAUACUUUAGGUAAUACCGGAUCCAUCGAUACUACUGACACGCGAAAAGGCAACCGAUCCUGCUUGCCAAUGCUUUGUCUCCAUAGCAUGCCAUCACUUCAUGAAAGCAUUGCAAGUCAGAGCGAUUACCUUCGCAACACUCUAUCUGCAAGUCAAGCUGAUUUCAACCAAACAGAUCGAGCUAUUGAUCAAACAGAAUACAAUUCGUCUGGUAAGCACUACGCAUCGGGUAUUCUAGAAGCGACAGGGUUGGAAAAAAGAGAUUUGAAUCAGUUCAUCCCAGAUCGAUCCCAUCGAAAACUGGCCACCACUCGAGCACUACAAAAUCUAUACAUGGAUGUAUGUUUUGGAUCUUUAGGAUUGAUGGAGCUGGCUUCUAGAUAUGAAGGAAAUCAAUUGGAUGGGUUGGAUGACGAAACUGUGCUAUCAACUGUAUUGGAAGCUGGUGGAUAUGCUUUGGGUGCUGGUGUAAAUCCAUCCACUGCAAAGCAAUACAAUUAUUCUGCUUCAAUGACAAGUACACAAAUGUUUGUUGCAGGGUUGGGCGAAGCCGAGCCCAUUCGGUACUAUAGCCAAUCCAUUAAAUUGUAA